AGCACUUUUAGAUUAGUUUUGAUUGGGCGCGUUCAGGAGACACAACUGUUGAGCAUCGUCUUGUCAACACUCGACGUUGAUUUGUUGGCUCUAGAAGUAAGAACCAAUCAUGUUCGAUUGCUACUCAACGGUUGUCUCCUGAACGCACCCAUAUUGAAAUCCACAUGGCACAUGGCAUAUAAAACAUGCCGAUAUGUGAUAAUAGGUAGUAGUAGGUGUUGUGUGUUGGUCAAAUCUUUAAAGAAGAUUGCGAGAUGGAUUUCAACGAUAGUCAAUGUUCUGAAGAAAAAACUCCAGUCGAAAUGUCGAAUAUUUUGGAGCCGUUAUCAGAGCCUUUGAUAACAAUUCCUGAUGCGAAAUACGAAAAUGGUAAAAUAUCUUCUCUUAGCGUUAUUGCUUUGGAAUAUAAUUCUAAUUCGGAUGUGGAGGAGAUAGAAGCAGAUACUAACAAAACUGAAAAUCAAAACAGUACGCCAAUUGCCAACAAAGAAAAUGAAAAGAAACAGACCUUGCAACAGUACCAUACUAUUGAAGAAAUUGAUUGGGAAUAUAAUUCUAAUUCGGAUAUGGAGAAGAUACAAGCAGAUACUAACAAAACUGAAAAUCAAAACAGUACGCCAAUUGCCAACAAAGAAAAUGAAAAGAAAGAAAUCGAAAAGAAACAGACCUUGCAGCAGUACCGUACAAUUGAAGAAAUUGCUUUGGAAUAUAAUUCUAAUUCGGAUGUGGAGGAGAUAGAAGCAGAUACUAACAAAACUGAAAAUCAAAACACUAUACCAAUUGCCAACAAAGAAAAUGAAAAAAAAGAAAUCGAAAAGAAACAGUCCUUGCAGCAGUACCGUACAAUUGAAGAAAAUGUAUUAUCUUCUUGUGAAGAAACUGACAGCGAAGACGACUCUAGUAGCAGUUACCAUAGCAGUAGUAGCAGUAGUAGCAGUAGUAGCAGUAGUACUAAUAACGACAGUAGCAACAGUGACAGUGAUUCAGAUGAUAUUACUAGUACCAAUAAUAACAAAAAUAAGAAAGGAAAUAAAACUAGCAUACUAAAGAAGAAAAAACAAAUAGAAAACGAAUUUAAUGAUCUUCCACCAAUAGAAGAUUUAAAGAUCAGUGUUCCUGAAGUCUUGUGUGAUCUUCUGGGCGAGGUUGACAAGGUAGUUGAACAAUUGGUAAUUGUAAAACCGAUUUCCGGUAAGCCUACGCUCCACAUCGAUACAGUUUUAUUUGUAGAGAAAGGAGAAAGAGCACUCGGCAAAAUAUUAGAUGUGUUUGGCCCUGUAAGCGAACCAAACUACUGCAUUCGCUUCAAUAGCCCUGAACACAUACAGGAAAGCAAUAUUAAAGUGGGCAUGUCAGUUUAUUAUUGUCCAAAUACACAAUACACGUCACUCAUCUUUCUACACGAAUUACACAAAAUGAAAAGUUAUGACGCGGUGGUCGAUGACGAGCCCGCAUUUUCGGAUGACGAGGAAGAGCGAGCUUACUACGAGAUGCUGAAGCAGAAAAAUAACAAAGACAGUUCCGAUGGCAGCACAUCACGGAAACGACAACGUAUAUCGAGUUUUACUCAAGAUAAGCCAACAGCUGAAUGGCAAUCAAAUCAUCCAUGGAACAGAAAUGCCAAAUUUCAGAAAAACCAGGCUAAGGGGCAACAGCCAUUGAGAAAUAACAGUCAUUUUAAUCUAUCACAGUAUGGACCAUAUUCCUAUAACGAUUCUUGGAUGCAAUAUCAAUAUCAAAAUAACAUGCAUUGGCCGCCUGUUCCAAGAAAUAUGCAUCCUAUGUUCAACAGACCAAACGCGGAGUACAGGCCACCGUUUAAUGAGUCAGGUUUGCCGCAAUAUGGCAAUUACAAUUCGAAUAACUCUGGUGAUGGGAAACAAUAUUUUCAAGGUGCUACACCGAAUUCUCAAUGCAAUAACAUGCAACCCCGAUAUUCUAGAAUUCCGUUCGGUGCUCCUCCGAGAUUUAAUCCUAUGUUCCCUCCUUCCUUACCGAUGAACUAUCCUCAACUUCCCAACGCAUCAUUUUCAUACAUAGAUAUGUCUUAUCCGAUUUCUGUGCGACCGCAUACGAAUGCACCUUGGCCAUCUUUACCACCUCCUCCACCUCCUUCGAAAGAUUCGACGAUCGUUGAUUGAGAUUCUAUUUUAAUUUAAUUUAAGUAGUAUUGUCUUUAUAUUUUUUGUACAUUCGCAUAAGCUUAGAUCAAUUUCUAAAUGAUUGUAAAUAAAAGACAAAUUUAUAUAUAGAUAUUCUGUGAUAAACAUGGAAAGAAAAAUAAUAAUUAAAUUUAUUUAUCAGA